CGAUGAGGGCAUUAGAUGUGCUGAAUUUUACCCCGCUUAAUAAUAAACCUAUUCGAAUUAUGUACUCAAAUCGGGAUCCUAGUGCCCGAAAAAGUGGGACAGCUAACAUAUUUAUUAAGAACCUGGAUAAGGCAAUAGACAACAAAGCUCUUCAAGAAACAUUUUCUGCAUUUGGUACCAUUCUUUCCUGUAAGGUUGCUACAGAUCCUUCCGGGCAGUCAAAAGGGUAUGGUUUCGUUCAGUUCGAUCGGGAGGAAGCUGCAGAAAUCGCAAUAGAAAAGUUAAAUGGUAUGCUUUUGAAUGAUAAGCAAGUUUACGUUGGACCUUUCCUUCGUAAACAUGAAAGGGAGAAUUCUUUGUUUAAGACAAAGUUCAAUAACGUCUUUGUGAAAAAUCUCUCCAACUCCACAACCGAAGAGGAUUUAACGGAAAUUUUUGGAGAAUAUGGAAAAAUGACGAGUGUUGUUGUGAUGAGAGAGGCUGAUGGUAAAUCUAAGUGCUUUGGAUUUGUUAAUUUUGAGAAUCCAGAUGAUGCUGCACGGGCAGUUCAGGAGCUUAAUGGGAAGAAAUUUGAUGAUAAGGAGUGGUUUAUUGGCAGAGCACAGAAGAAAGCUGAAAGGGAGCAAGAAUUGAAAGUGAGAUUUGAACAAAGUAUGAAGGAGACUGCAGAUAAGCAUCAAGGGGCUAACUUAUACUUAAAAAAUUUGGACGAUAGCAUUGGAGAUGAGAAGUUGAAGGAACUUUUUUCCGUUUUUGGUACAGUUACUUCUUACAAGCCUGGAUUUGGAUACCAACAGCAGCUUGUUCCUGGGAUGCGGCCUGCUGGAGCUCCAAUGCCAAAUUUUUUCGUUCCCUUGGUACAGCCCGGUCAACAGACCCAACGACCAGCGGGUAGGCGAGCUGGGGCGGGACCCAUGCAACAGAGUCAGCAGCCAAUGCCUCUACUUCAGCAACAGAUGCUUCCUAGGGGACGAGUCUAUCGUUAUCCUUCGGGCCGCAGUAUGCCCGAUAUGCCAAUGCCUGCUGUUCCUGGAGGAAUGCUCUCCGUCCCUUACGACAUGGGCGGCAUGUCCAUCAGAGACACGACCUUAUCGCAGCCUAUUCCCAUCGGUACAUUGGCUUCUGCUCUCGCAAAUGCUGCACCUGAGCAGCAGAGAACGAUGCUGGGUGAAAGCCUGUACCCGCUCGUCGAGCAACUGGAACGUGACUAUGCGGCAAAAGUGACGGGGAUGCUGCUGGAAAUGGACCAAACCGAGGUGCUGCAUUUGUUGGAAUCACCUGAUGCUCUGAAAGCCAAAGUUGCUGAAGCCAUGGAAGUCUUGAGAAAUGUUGCCCAGCAACAGCAGCAACAGCAGCAAUCAGGUAAUGUGCCCUCUGAUCAGUUGGCUGCUUUAUCUCUGAAUGAUGGCUUUGGUCCCUGACGUUAUUAAUUGUUAACUAUUGUUAGUUCAUGAUUUAUAACUGGUUUUGUUUUUUAUUAAGGGUGAAUUUGUCAACUCUGUACCUGAAUUCUGUGCUGGAUGUGACUUAUUAUUUUUUUUUUCGCCUGUGGAUUUCUUGGUGGUUUAUUUUAUGAGACUGUUUAAAAACUUGACAUUUA